AUGGCGGCCGUUGACCCUGGACUCGGAUUGAACACUGCGCCGGCCGAGGAUCCUCUGAAAGGAGCGAUGGAGAAAGAGACGAAUGGGUCGUUGGUCGAAGAGGACAGGCCUGUUGCACCUGAUCAAUUCGACCCGAAGUGGGAGACGACCAAGAAAGAGAUCUGGGCCUAUUAUGCAUACUAUAUCGGAAAUAACGGGCUUACGCUAUUCAACUUUGCACCGACAGCAGCCAGGAAUUUGGUGUAUCAGCAUGCCGAAGCCAUUGGAGGCAAGGAUAACACCAUUGUCUACUUCGCUGGCGCAAACAGGACGAUCAACAGCGUCGUCCUUCUCUGCAAUGGCAUCAGCUUCGCGAUACAAAUCGUAGUCUUCCUCAUUCUAGGAUCUUACGCCGACUUCGGGACUUUUCGUCCAAACAUCCUCAUUGUUCUUUCCUUGAUCGCCUGGGGCAUUGGCUUCGGUUGGUUGGGAGUACACACAGCCGACGACUGGCAGAUCGGUUUGGGUCUGUACAUCGUCGGUUUAAUCGCCUACCAACUCUGCCUCACGUACUGGACAGCCGCAUUCCCAGGUCUGGCAAGGAACACGCGAGAACUUCGGAACAAAGCCCAAGAAUACGAAAAUGGCCAAAUCACACGCGAACAGUACGACCACGCUGACAGCAUGAAGCGUAACGAACUCAGCAACGUAGCUUUCUACGUCCAAUCCGUCGCAGAAAUCAUCCUCCUCGCCAUCAUCGUCGGAAUCAUGUUCGCACUUCAUGUCAACGCCUCGACGGCCAACAACAACUGGGGUCUCUCUGUCCUCAUAUCCUUCGCCUCGGGAGUCUGGAUGCUAGUCGCAAUUCCUUGGUUCAUAUGGGAGAAACGGCGUCCAGGUCAAGAUCCUGGUAUGAACAUCGUCCUCGCAGGAUUCUGGCAAUUAUGGCACGCACUCACGCAAAUCUGGCAGCUACGGCAAAGUCUCUUCUAUCUGAUCGGAUACUUCUUACUAGGCGACUCCCUCAACACCACUGUCACCGUCAUCGCAACCCUCCUGAAUGAGAUUGUGGCGUAUAAUACCCUUCAACUCACAUAUCUCCUCCUGGUCGGAAUCGCGGCGCAAGCCACCAUGUUUAAUGCCGUGGCUGUGGCGAUUAUCUUGCUGGACGGAUGGGGAAUGAUCGGGAUCUGGACGGAUCAGUUCGGGUUUCAUAAUACUUGGGAAGUUUGGGUGUAUCAGGCUUUCUAUGGCUUGUUUGUCUGUCCUUGGUACAGUUAUUCUCAGACGAUGAUCUCCGAAAUCACCCCGCGCGGCAAAGAAUUCCUCUUCUUCUCACUUUUCAGCAUCAUCGGCAAAACUUCAAGUUUCAUCGGCCCGUUCAUCUCCUCGGCGAUUAUCGACGACACUGGAGGGAAUGACUCUUCGCCUUUUUCCUUCCUUUUCGCUUUGAGUGUCGCUAGUGCGGUUUGGUUGUGGUUCUUUGUUGAUGUGGAGAAGUCGAGGAUUGAACAGGUGGGGUUUUUGGAGAGGGAGGGAUCAUCGGUGAUGCUGACGAUUGUGCGAAACAGGUUCAGUAUUGCCUUCAUCUUCGCGCUUCCUCCGUGGGUAGCUGCCGUUGGCCUCAAAUAG